AUGUCCGCCACCAAGAAGCGCAAGGCCGACGCGGACGCCGCCGCGGACGCCGGCGCCAAGCGCCGCAAGUGUCCGUACCUGGACACGAUCAACCACCAGCUGCUGGACUUCGACUUCGAGAAGGUGUGCUCCAUCAGCCUCUCGGACCAGAACGUCUACGCGUGCCUCGUGUGCGGCAAGUACUUCAAGGGCCGCGGCCGCAACACGCACGCCUUCACGCACUCGGUGCAGAGCAGCCACCACGUGUUCAUCAACCUGCAGACGGACCGCAUCUACUGCCUGCCGGACAACUACGAGGUCGUGGACAACACGCUCAAGCCCGUGCAGGACGCGCUGCGCCCGGCCUUCGAGCCCGAGCAGAUCGCGCGGCUGGACCAGAACCGCAUCCUGGCGCAGGACGCCUUCGGCGUGUCGUACCUGCCGGGCUUCAUCGGUCUCAACAACCUCAAGCACACGGACUACAUCAACGUGGUGGUGCAGGCGCUGGCCCACGUGCCGCCGCUGCGCGACUUCUUCCUGGCCAACGCGGCGACGACGAAGAAGAUCAAGUCCAAGCUCGUGUUGCGCUUCGGAGAGCUGCUGCGCAAGAUGUGGAGCCCGCACAACUUCAAGAACACGAUCAGUCCGCACGAGCUGGUGCAGGAGAUCUCGGGCCUGGGUGGAUCGCAUAAACCUGGUAGCAGUAUCAUCCACAAGUGCUUCCAAGGUUUUGUGGAGGUCACGACGGAUGAUGAAACGAAAGCCGCGUCGGCAGACCCAGCGGAGCGCGAAUCCGCUGUUUCCACCACGGUAUCGCCGUUUUUGAUGAUGGCGCUUGACUUGCCGUCGACGCCGCUGUUCAAGGACUCUCAAGGUGGAAAUAUCAUUCCUCAGAUUCCGCUUUUUACAGUGCUUGAAAAGUACAACGGCUCGCACGUAACGCACGUGCUUCAAGGCUCUCAUCGUCUGAAGAAGACGUACCGCAUCGACUCGCUGCCAGCGUAUCUGAUCUUCCACGUGAAGCGCUUCACGCGGAACAACUUCUUCAUUGAAAAGAAUCCAACGAUUGUAACCUUUCCGGUGAAGAAUCUGGAGCUGCGUGAUUACUUGAAGCUGGAUCAGAGCCUUCCGUCGGAGGAAGAGCUCCGCAACAAGUCAAUCUCUGAGCUCCGAGAUAUCCUUCGCAACCACAAGCAGUCCACGGAGGAUUGCGUGGAAAAGGCCGACCUUGUCGAGAAGAUUUUGCGUGUCACCCUGCCAUCCACCAAGUACAACUUGAUUGCCAAUAUCUGCCAUGACAGCCCGGUGACAACAGGCCAGGAGGCGGCGCUCCAAACGAACCCGCUGACGGAAGGCAGCUAUCGCGUCCAUGUUCAAAAUAGAGCAACUGAGCAAUGGUACGAGAUCCAAGAUCUCCACGUCCAGGAAACGAUGCCUCAGCUUAUCGGUGUGUCCGAGUCCUACUUGAUGAUUUACGAGCGGAAGGCCUAA